CUGAUAUACCUAGUCCUAUCCCCUUGUUACAUGCAACGCAAGAUAAUCAUAUCUCUUGGCGUCGGGGAUGGCCUAUCUGGUAAUCAGUCUUGUCGUACUCAUCUGUCGCUUUAACCUGCGAAUUGAGAGCGUACUUCGUACCUGGGUAGAUAAUUGCAGGCAGCCAAGCCAAGUACGGAAUACCAUAUUGGACAUAGUCUGGUUUUGGCAUUCCUAUCUUGAUAAACAAUCUAGAUGAAAAGUCGUGGUUGUAAGAGCGCGGUGUACUGCGAGUCGGGGUAAACAUCACAACUAUCUCAGCCAAGCAUGGCUAGUAUAGAGCGAAGAAGUAUUUAACGUGCCCCUUUCUAUACUUUGAUUUCAAUAAUUGUCUUUUAUUUCUAAACGUCCAUCCUUACCUUAGGUGCCUCCUAUGCUAGGUUAGGUAGGUACGCAGACAAUUGAAAAUAAUGUCGGAGAAGAAAGACAUCCCGGGCGUCGAGAGCGUGGCAUCUGAUACAGAACGUGGAGUUGGCCUCGUAUUGCCGAAGAAGAGUAAACUACAAGACCUGAUCCGUCGAAGAAAUGACCUCAAUGAGCUGGGUAGGGACAUGCUGCAACAGUCGUUGCAAUAUGACCGCGCGCAACUGGAAGCAGAUGCUAUCAAAGUCAGGUGGAAGUUGGAUCUUCUGGUCCUUCCGAUGAUGAUGAUCACGUACAUGCUGUCAUUUCUCGAUAAGCAGACCCUCAACUACUCGAACGCAUAUGGCUUACAAGAAGACACGAAUAUGACGGGUAACGACUACUCCUGGGUUGCAUCAGCCGCAUACUUUGGUUGGUUCUGUGGAGCGUGGCCGUGGAACUUAUUGCUGCAACGCGUCGCCAUCGGAAAACUAGUCGGCGGCAUGCUGUUCGUCUGGGGAGCUGUCUGCAUGCUGCAAGCCGCAGUCUUCAAUUUUAGCGGCUUCUUUGCCGUCCGAUUCUUCCUGGGCAUGCUUGAGGGCUGCAUCUCCCCUGCGUGGGUGAUUCUUACUUCGAUGCUAUGGACUCGUCAAGAGCAGUCCUUGAGAAGCUCCAUUUGGCUGUGUACGAAUGGCGUAUCGAACAUUCUAGGAGCUCUCCUCGCCUACGCUUCAGGGAUGGCUGAGGGCUUGGCGAUAGCGCAGUGGAAGUUGAUAUUCUUAAUAGUCGGUGCUCUUACAUUCGUUUGGGGCUUCGUAAUCUUGCUUUACCUCCCCGACGGACCGCAUAAUGCAAAGAUGUUGACGGAAUACGAACGUACUGUUGCUGUCUGGCGCGUGUCCGACAACCAGAUUGGCCUCAAAGACGCGACAUUUCGACCUUAUCAAGUCAAGGAGGCAUUGUUAGAUGGGAAAUGCUACGUGAUGUGGCUAAUUGGCAUAGGACUUGGGAUUUGUAACGGCGCCGUAACGACCUUCAUGUCAGCCAUCAUCAAGGGUUUCAAUUUCGACGCCCUUAGGACCUCCCUACUACAGAUGCCAGGAGGCGCUGUCCAAGUUAUAGCUUGUAUUCUGCUGGGAUUGUUUUCACAGCUCCCGAACAUGGUAGGCGGAGCUAUCAUCCUUGGCUGUCUACCUUGCAUAGCCGGACUUGCGGGUAUUUUAACCAUCAAUAUCGAGCACCGGUACGCGCUUGUCGCUAUGUGCUGGCUACUAAAUUUCGUUGGAUCCCCUAUUGUCUUGAAUUGGACAGUUCCCGGUCUCAACGUAGCCGGACAUACGAAGAGGAGUACCGUGAUCGGGAUUUACUUCGUCUGUUUCGUCAUUGGAAAUAUUAUCGGCCCUCAUCUGUUCUUAGCGCAAGAGGUACCCAGGUACCCGACCGCAAUUAAAGGUCUCCUUGCUACUUUCUGCGCCGUCACAUUCCUCCAAGGAGUAUACGUUCUGUGGUGCUGGCUCGAAAAUAAGGGGCGGGACAGACUGGCUCGUCAUGCUGAGGUAACGGAAGAGGAGUUACUAGAAGGGUUUGAGGACCUCACCGAUAAAGAGAAUAAGCAUUUUCGAUAUAAGCUUUGAAGAUAUCACGAAGGUUAUUACAAGUACUGUAGAGCCAGUUGGGAAUAGACAUGUCCCAAGCCAGGUAGUUAUCUUGCCAUGGAGGAAAUAUAUUAAAUAUUGCCUAACUAGUUUGAUCAUCGUUGAUUCGUCAAUUGCAAGGAGACCAGCUCCACCACGAACUCCGACGGCAACCUCUAUCCUAUAUACGCUCAGUAGCUUCACUCAUGUAUCUAGAGUAGCACAUUUACCAAUGCUACAUCAAUUGUAAGGCCCUAGAGCUUUGAACAUUGAUGCCUGGGCUUUUAUAUAAGGCCGUACAUUAAGUACCUAAUGUAGUUAACAACAUGUUGAAAAUACAACUAUCUAAAUCGUCGAGGCCUGAUAAACCCCUCUGCCGAUGUUAUCUCCGAGGCGUCUCGUAGCGUCGGAUAUCUACCCACCUACGUAACCCAGCGAGGCGCUAUUAU